CUUCCCUCUUGAGCCCGAGCGGGUUCCUGUUGUUGUAGAUGCUGCGGUGGGCGGCAUGGCGUCCUCCCUUGUAGUGCCUGGCGGUGGGUUGCAGGGCUUCCUUUUGCAGCUGCACGACGCCCUUCGGAGCUCAGACACCAGUAGCGCCGCGCUCCAGGGCUGCAGCUUAAUUCGCUCUUUAGCGGAGUCGUGUGUCACUAGCAGUGGAGACGACAUCCUGGCCUUGCAGAUUUCACUGGUGUUUUCUAAAGAAAAUGGACUGCUAUCAUUUAUUUAUAAGUCGCUGGGUGUUGAAGAUUUUAGAGAAUGCAGAGAAGAAGCAUUAAAAUUUAUUCUUGCCUUUGUGGAAAAGAUUGGCCCCAAAAUUCAGCCUUAUGCACAAGAUGUAAAAAGGAUAUGUGUUACUGUGUAUACAAAAGACAGAUCAGCAAAAUGUGGAAUCCCAGCUCUAGAGCUACUGAUCAAG